AUGGCGGGACGCUUCCUUCGUCCCGUCAAUGUGCAAACUAAGCAACUGGAUCUGGGCCGUGGCCGCCAGUUCCGAACACCCAUCACUCAAGUCGCCGACCUCAUGGGUCCUCUUGACGAUCUUAGCUCAGCUCCACUCCCCUUACAACACCCCUUUCAGAAACGUGCAUUUUCCAGCGAUCGGAACGAUUGGUCGGCAGCUCACGACGGGCAAAUGAAGCGUCAUGGACCGACGACCCUCUUCGAUCCAAUCAGACUUCCGAGAUUGUCCCAGACGGGAAGACGAUUCUCAUUUAGGGCGUCGGGCGAGGACAAUCAUCUUGCCCAAACAGGACGAACACGGGACUAG